AUGGAGGAAACGAAAAAUGAAACACUGGAUCUCUCUAGACGUGGGCUGAAGAAAAUAGAGAAAGCGCCUCCAGAAGAAUCAAAAACUGUUUUUAAUUUGAUCCUCGAUCAAAAUGAACUACAGCGUCUGGACAACAUUGACAGUUACAACCGUGUUGAAAAUUUGUCUAUAUGCAACAAUUUUUUGCUAAGGAUGCAUGGUGUUUCUCGUCUAGUCAACAUCAGGGUACUGGCAUUAAAUAACAAUGGAAUAUUACAAAUUGAGGGUUUAAAAGAUCUUAUUUAUUUGAAAGUGUUGAAAUUAGCUGGUAAUAACAUCAAGUCAAUUGAGCAUUUGAACAAUAAUAUGCAUUUGGAACACCUUGACCUGUCAAACAAUCAAAUAUCUUUUAUAACAGACAUUUCGUACUUGAAGGGCUUGAAGCAUUUGAACCUUGAACGGAACCGCAUUACAGACCUUCGACAGUGCGAUCGCUACCUACCCACAGGACUAGAGCACUUAGGUCUCGCACACAACAACAUCCAAGACCUGAACGAAAUCUGCCAUCUUGUUCAUUUAUCGAAGCUCGAAAGUUUUAGCAUACAGGGUAAUCCGUGUGUCUCCCUAUCUGGGAAGGAUAAACUAGGGUUUGACUACAGACCAUUUGUGCUGAAUUGGAUCAUGAGUGUUAAGACUAUAGAUGGUUUUAUUGUCAGUGCUAUAGAGAGUUUGAAAGCUGAAUGGCUAUAUAGCCAAGGCAAGGGUCGACAUUUUCACGAGGGUCAGCAUCGUGAGUUGUGUGAAUACCUUUCUACAACGUGUCCGCUGACUGCUGAUGCCCUUGAAACCGACGAACAAAGAAAAUUGAGACUUAUUCUCAGCAAGGCACAACAUCAUCAACAACAGCUAAAGGAUUACAACCAUAGCCCUAUAAAGGCAAAGUUGCAGUCUCCAAGAAUGCAGUCUCGCGUGCCAACUCGUCACAUGGGCCGGUCCCCGGACCGUCUGUCGAGCAGCUAUCACGCGGCGGUUCGAACCGGCUCUCCCUCGAUGUCCAACAGCAGCGAGCCGCCGCUGAUCCCGCACGUCAUGAGCCAGAGCUUCGACUCGCCCGGACUCAUGUACGAGAAGCGGGACAGCGGGAAAGACAAAACUGAACACCAGCAAUCAUCGAAACCCGUAAAUCAAUCCCUUGAAGCAGCUUCAAAGAUGGUGCCUGUGCCCGAAUCGCUCAUGAGUCCUGAUUAUCAGGACCCCAUUUACGACAUCCAAAGAACCAUACCAAAGCCAACCAAUCAUACAGCGAACAGUAUUUCUAAUACGUCGAGCCAAUCCAGCAACAGCAGUAUUCAAGAUGACCGUCAGAAGCAAGCCAACAAAAGUUUAAGGGGCUCACCAAAGUUACCAAAAAGUGCAAAUUCUUCGCCAAAAUUAAAAUCUAAAAUAGAACAACGAAAAGGCAGUCUAACAAAGUGCGAAGUUAAUAAGAAUGAGGAAAAGAAACUCAAUGGAAUAACAAACAAUGCUGAAAUAGAUCAAAUCGACCCUGAAAAAUUGGAAAUUAUAAAGUUGGCUUCUAAUCAAAGAAGACAAAAGAAGAUGAGUGUGGAAUCAAUGGCAGCCAUAACUAUACAGAAGAUGUGGAGAGGUUACAGAAGCAGGAACUUGAAUAAAGAUACAUUAAGGAUCUUGCACGCGAUACAGGCAGCUAGAGCAAGACAACAUAUACAGAGACUGACCUGUGAUAUGGAAGCAACCAAAGCAGCAUUAGAAAGCGAAAGGAAAAUCCAGCAGUUGCAAAUGCAGGCCAUAAAUGCAUUGUGGAAGAAAGUGUCCACUCUACAAAAUGCUGAUGCCCAAAAGAAUAGGAUGUUUGAUCCCGACGACAAUUCUGAGGUGUUGAGACAAUUGACCGAGACAUGUUGCAAUUUACAAGCCCAGGUGGAGGAGCUGCAGAGCAGCAUGCAGCAAGUACUGCGCGCGGUGUCGCACCACUGCGUGCCCACCGCCACGCACUCUGCCACGCUGUCCACCAUGCAGUCUGCUACGCAAGCUGCCACGCAGACCGAUAUCAGCGCAGUGCUGACACCGCAGGAAGAACGCUGCUCUUGGUUACGCCGUCCUCAAUCGCUGGCGUUGAGCACGACAGCACCGCCAUCAUGCGACCAUAGUGAUAAAACUAACGAUGUGGUCGCUCUAGAUAUAGAGCGCACAGAGUCAAUCAUAGAGGAUAGAGCGGACGCGAGUGAUGACAACACGCAGAUAGAACGAGAGCGGAGCCUUAUUGUCGACUGA